UGGUGAGGGUGGGACAGAACACCUUCCUCUGCGGCCUAGCGGCGCCGGCAAAACAAACUCAGUGGCCGCCUGGGCCGAUCGCCCGACAGGGCCUCGGGCGUCUCGCCUCGGGCCGGUUCCGGGUGUCUGGUCAGUCUCAGGGCGUUUGGAGAUGGGAUUCUUGGGUCAUGUACUUAAGCUUUGAAAAUGGGAGACGUCACAGUUUUGCUUUUCCUGGAGACAAGAAGGCAAAAUAAAGCAUUCUGGAGAAGAACCUAUCGCAAAGGAAAGAUUAAAAGUGGUUUAUGUAGUGUGUUGUGAUGCUCAGAAAUCACAGUUUUAAAAUCUUGGAGAUGCCGUCUUUCAGAGGGAGGAGGAACUUGAGAAGCAGGAGGAGCAAGCAAGGUAGUCUUUUGCAGAAAUACAGCUCACAGCUACCGUGAAACGGGAGAACUACUUGGCUCGGGAUGGCUAGAGAAUCAAGGGAAAGCACAGCCCUGGACUCGCACUCUGCUGAGGACCAGAUGGAGUUACUGGUCAUAAAAGUCGAACAGGAAGAGGCCUCUCCCUUGGCCGAGGAGGCCAGUUGGCUGGGCAGCCCUGGGCCCGACCGCUCCCGACAGCGCUUCCGCGCCUUCCGCUAUCCCGAGGCAGCUGGGCCCCGGCAGGCGCUGAGCCGGCUCCGAGAACUCUGCAGACAGUGGCUGCGGCCAGAUAUGCACAGCAAGGAGCAGAUCCUGGAGCUGCUGGUGCUGGAGCAGUUCCUGACCAUCCUGCCAGGGGAGCUGCAGGCCUGGGUGCGCGAGCAGCACCCCGACAGCGGGGAGGAGGUGGUGGCGCUGCUGGAGUACUUGGAGAGGCAGCUGGAUGAGACACCUCCACAGGUUCCAGAUGAUGACGAUGGGCAGGAACUCCUUUGUUCCAAGGCAGUACUGUUGACUCAGGGCUCAGAGAGUAGCCAGAUGGAGCCCAUGGAGCCUCUGCUUAAACAGGAGUCUUUGGGAUCCCUGCCCUCAGAAGUCAGAGUCACCCAGGGGGGCCACUGUGGAGAAGAUGGAGUGACAGCUCCCAGGAUCACUUCAGAGUUGCAGGGGUUGUUGAAAAUGGAAGAUGUAGCCCCAGCCCUUUCCCCCAGAUGGACGGAGCAGGAUUCAUCUCAGAUGAAUCUCUUCAAAGACCAAAUGCAGGAGAACUCUGGCAGCCUGCUUUCCCUAGAUCAGGAGAUGCAUUCUAAGAUUAGGGACUUGACUCCAGCUGAGGAAUACACAGAACAAAAGCCUGAGCAGACACUGUGCUACUUGGGUGAAGACACUGUUCAGAUUCCUGCAGGUGCAGAAGCCAGUGAGCAGGAAGGCAAGCUACAGACAACACAGAAGAACGCCACUGGAAAUAGGCGGUUCUAUUGCCGUGAAUGUGGAAAGAGUUUUGCUCAGAGUUCAGGUCUAAGUAAGCACAAAAGAAUCCACACUGGAUUGAAACCCUAUGAAUGUGAGGAGUGUGGCAAAGCCUUCAUCGGAAGUUCAGCUCUCAUCAUUCAUCAGAGAGUUCACACUGGUGAGAAGCCAUAUGAGUGUGAAGAAUGUGGUAAGGCCUUCAGUCACAGCUCAGAUCUCAUCAAGCACCAGAGAACCCACACUGGGGAAAAGCCCUAUGAGUGUGAUGACUGUGGGAAAACCUUCACUCAGAGCUGCAGCCUCCUUGAACAUCACAGAAUUCACACCGGGGAGAAGCCAUACCAGUGCAAUAUGUGCCCCAAAGCCUUUAGGCGUAGCUCACAUCUCCUGAGACAUCAGAGGACUCAUACAGGGGAUAAAGAUUUUUUUGUUCCAGAACCUUACUGGGAAAGUCAUAGUAGGGUGGAAAGCCAUUGGGAAAAUAUUGAAACUCCUGUGUCUUAUCAAUGCAAUGAUUGUGAGAGAAGUUUCAGUAGGAUUACAAGCCUUAUUGAACACCAAAAAGUACACACUGGUGAGAAACCCUUUGAGUGUAAAACAUGUGGAAAAGGCUUCACCCGACCUUCAUACCUUAUUCAACAUCAGAGAAGACACACAGGGAAGAAAACUUCUGUCACAGUGACCCCUGCUGUACAUUCCGAAGUUGGAGUUCAACUGUCGUUGAACUGAAGUCACCCUUGAGCCCUUAUUGACAGCAGAAGUCAUAGGCUGGGGCUCUAGUUAAUAAUGCACAUCCUCAGAUAUUAGGGAUCUGGCUGAGACUCAUUAUCUUCCAAUGCUAGAAGGUAACCAGAAGAAAACAUAACCUCAUAGGAGGUUAUGAGAAGGAGUUGUCUGCAAGAGUUCUCACCCAUUAGAAUCAAAUGGGCUUCCUGACUGGCAAAUUGCCUUCCCUUGGCCUGCAUCUCAGGUCUCCUGAGGGAUGCUUAUGCUCUGGGGGUGUUACUCUGACCUUUCCUUAGGCUAACAAGUGUCAGACUUGGAAAUGUUAUGUCCUGCUUUGUGCCUUGUAUACAGGUGCUAACUAAUAAACACUUAUUAAAUAUACUGGUGGGAUUUCCUGCAUAGCUCUGAAAACCCAUUAUUAUCUGGAAAUCUUUACCAAGGCCAUUUGUAUAUCUUAAAAAAAGAAUGUUUUAGGUUGAGUCAAUGUAGUACUGCUUUGUUUUUGUUUUGUUUUGUUUUGCCAAGUACCCUGAUUGGCAGGGGAGGGGUGAAGGUGAGGUUACUGUGCUAGAAUCCUUUAAUUCUUUACCUAAUUUAGGAAUUCUGUGAGAGUGCCUUAAACAGCUUCUUUAGUAUUAAGUCAUUGUGAAUGUGCCACCCAUGGAAUUCCAGUAAUUUUUUUUCUGUUAAUUUUGUUACUCUUGAGAGAGAAAAAAAAAAACCUUUCCUACUCAUGUAGUGUGAAAACCAGUUCAGAAUAAAGUGAUCAAUGUCUAA